CAGUGGGAGAGGUUUUAGUUGGCAGCUCAGUGAAGAACUGGGACACAGCGAUUAAAAAAACCCAUCAGCAAUGGCAUCUUUAGGGCUGCAGAUUCUAGGCGUAGGGCUGGCGGUGCUUGGAUGGAUAGGAAAUAUACUGAUCUGUAUGCUGCCCCUGUGGAAGGUGUCCGCUUUCAUCGGGAACAACAUCGUUGUGGCUCAGACCAUCUGGGAGGGACUGUGGAUGACCUGUGUGGUGCAGAGCACGGGUCAGAUGCAGUGCAAGGUCUACGACUCCCUGCUGGCCCUGCCUCCGGACCUCCAGGCAGCCCGGGCCAUGGUGGUCAUUGCUAUCUUGUUCUCUCUGUUCGGCCUGCUUCUCUCUGUGGUUGGAGGGAAAUGCACCACCUGCAUUGGGGACAAAGCAGCAAAAGCCAGAGUGGCCAUCUCCGCAGGCGUUUUCUUCGUCCUGAGUGGGGCUUUGUGUCUGGUGACUGUGUCUCUGCCUGCUAAUACUAUCAUAAAGGACUUCUACAACCCCUUGGUUCCUGACGCCCAGAGGAGAGAGCUGGGUGCAUGUUUGUACGUGGGCUGGGGAGCAUCAGGACUGUUGCUGAUCGGUGGUGCUCUCCUCUGCUGUCAGUGCCCGUCCAGAGGAGACCGGUACAAUGGAGCAAAGUACACCCCACCUAAAUCCACAACACCUGGGAAGGAAUUUGUCUGAACUGGGAGCUCCUUUUGAAAAGUGCCUGACUUUACAUACAGAACAAACCUGUUGCUUAUCAAAAUGUGAUUUGCAUUGUGACUAACUUCCUUUAACUAACACACUAUUGUCUUUUGUUUCUGACAGAUACAAGAGACUCCACAGUAUGUGCCAUGUUAGAUGAAUGCAUCAUUGAUUUAGGACUGGAGUUUCAUUCAUUUUGUUUUUACUCAGUCAUUGUUUUAUGUUUUGAUUUCAAUAUUAAUUCAUGUUUUUAUUGUGUUUUUUGCAACAUAAGCCCUUCAGAAAGACUCAUGUAUUUCAGUGAUUUGGGUCUGAGCUCCCCCGUUUUCCCCUUAAAACGAGAUGGUGCAUCUCAAAGGGUUUAUAUAAAUAAAUGUAUUUGCCAUGUAAAACUUUUCUUCUUUUUUUUCCAUUCAAGUAAUAAACAGUAUUUUCUUUGUCUGCAACAUUUUU